CAGACACCGCCGACCAAUCGCUCUCGCGGGCUCCGCGUCUAUCCGUUACUACCCCGCAGGGGUGAAAGCUCGCGAGGGUGAAAACUCGCGCGUGUCGUGGAUACGCGUGACACUACAUACGAGAAAUAUCAUUAUUCAGAAACAAAGGGUUUUUGUUUUUCCUAGUGUAAUUGAGAAAAUUUUUAUUCUUGGGAAAGACAACGGUUUUGUUUUUACAGAUAUCAUAUUGCCAUGUGCUUAUGUCAUGUUACGGCAUGUAAUAUGAGACGUUUAUAAAAUAUCUGAGAGAUAAAGUGCUAUCAUGUUGAAAAAGAGAAAGAAUUUUCGCAAGACCAAACGUGACUUGUCUGGUGCUUACAAUUAGACGGGCACGAAUGAGGGUUUGUAAAGAGUGAUACAAAAAUUUGACCCUAAUUCAGACUUAAAUUGAAUAAGAAAUGACUGUUUUGGAUCGGAUCUCCGUCAUGAAUAUGAAACGCACUGCAGCCUGUCGUCAUAAAACGGCGUUGACCAUUACUCGGAACUAGAUUGAGAUUAGUUUGUUUGGAUGGCUUGCAAACGAAAACGAAAAAAGUGAGACACGCGCUUAAGGAAAUUUUUGCAAGCAUUGUGCCACUGCGCCAUUCAACAUGGCGUAGCGGGCACAAACGCUAAUAAAUCAGUGCGAUAGACAAGAGUUUUUGACAAGAGUGAAAAUAGUAUAUUAAACUUGCACACUAGCAUGUGUGCUCAGCGAGAACUUAAAGGGUCGAUUCAAUAAGAUUCGGAUCUCCGAAUCGGAGCUAAAGAGGAUUAAGCACCGUCAGAAGAACACCAUCAUAACUGUGUUCCAUGUUGGUGACUCCCGGCGAUGAUCGGGUACAAUCAACACAAUUCCGGCUACAACAAGCUAUUCACUCAGGGCUCGGCGGACUCGAACUACUCGCAGCCGAGCUCGGAUCUCUCGCUGGACGAGGAGAAGGAGAGCUUUCGACGCGAGAAAGAGAGGCAGGCCCUCGAGCAACUCGAAAGAUCAAGAUCGAAGCCGGUAGCGUUUGCGGUGCGAACCAACGUGAGUUAUGACGGAUCCAUCGACGAUGAUUCACCCGUUCACGGAUCGGCCAUCAGCUUUCACGUUCGUGACUUUCUUCACAUCAAGGAGAAGUACGACAACAACUGGUGGAUCGGUAGGCUCGUGAAAGAGAACUGCGAUGUGGGUUUUAUCCCGUCACCGGUAAAGUUGGAGAACUUGAGAUCGCAGGCGACCGCUUCCCGUGGCACGCGUCUCUACUCGACACGAGGAGGGUCUUCAGGCAACCUUGGCGAGAGUGGUAUGCCCUCACGUGGUUCCACACCACCUACGCCAGGUGACGAGAGCGACACUGUUGGGAACAUGAGGCCUGGCAAGGCGACACUUACGACCCUGCCUGCUAAGGAGAAACGGAAGAACUUCUUCAAGAAGCCGUCCUACGAGACGACAACCCCCUACGACGUGGUACCGUCUAUGAGGCCUGUGGUGUUGGUAGGACCGUCGCUCAAGGGUUACCAAGUGACGGAUAUGAUGCAGAAGGCGAUCUUCGAUUUUCUCAAACAUCGUUUUGACGGCAGGAUAAUUAUUACAAGGGUAAUGGCUGAUAUUUCGUUAGCAAAAAGAUCUUUGCUGAACAAUCCAACUAAAAGAGCAAUUAUGGAACGGACGACAAGCAGAAACAGUUGUUUAGUGGAAGUUCAGCAAGAGAUCGAGAGGAUUUUUGAACUUGCCAGAACUCUUCAGCUAGUUAUUUUGGACUGCGACACAAUCAAUCAUCCGUCGCAACUGGCAAAGACCAGCCUAGCGCCGACGAUCGUGUACUUGAAGAUUACCUCGCCGAAAGUACUACAGAGGCUGAUCAAAUCUCGAGGAAAGUCGCAGAUACGUCACCUUAAUGUACAAAUGGUGGCCGCGGAGAAGCUGGCUCAGUGUCCGCCGGAGAUGUUCGAUGUCAUCUUGGAUGAGAAUCAGUUAGAAGAUGCAUGCGAACACGUGGCCGAGUACCUGGAAGCAUAUUGGAGAGCAACACAUCCGCCGGAUUUCUCGACGGUUCCGCGUGCUGUGCCUACACCUGAUGCACCGGCGGCACAACGUGUGCCAUCAGGUGUCCCUAAUGAAUCUUACUAUCAUCGAAGAGGAGGCAGUUACGGUGCUGGGAAUGUCGGCGGAAGUACGAGAAGAUCGCGGCUGGAGCGGUCGAAUCGUGAUCGGGGCGAUCGCAUAGAUCACGACUACGAGGAGAACCACGACGUCGAUUACGGUAGUGCCUCGAGACGUCGCCAGCAGCAGGACUCGCGUGCUCAUAAUGCUAUUUAGGAGCUGGGGCCCCGGGGCCUGUCGCUACAGCGCUGUCCCCACCUGCGCACCACCGCUUUAUAGCGGGCUCGUCUCCCGCUAAAAAGGUACCGAACGCUAGGAAGUGCGCAACGCUACCUCGCGAUAAGAUCGCUGCGCUCUGUUAGUGGGGCUGUUUCCUGUCGCGCUACUUUAGAGAAAAGAAACGAGCGGAAGAAAACAUAGAAAUCCGGAUCGGCUGAGACAUGCCACAUCAGCGCGUUUAGAAGACGCUACCAUAUGUAUAUCGAUUCUAUUCCAGACGCACCUCGACGAUCUCGAAACCGUUGACGUUUUCUUUCAAUUGGAUAAUCUCGUUAUAUCGAUAUGUUAGUCAGUCGCCAGCAAACGUGCACGCUAAAAUCCCGGAAAACGUUUCGUGUGUUGCUUUUUAUUCGCGCCUCUUUUGCAAAAGAAAAUAAGUUGUAGAUUUUAUUGUUGUUUAAUCAGAGAAUAAUAAUUUUCUCUUAUAAUUGCAAAUUGUAAUUGUUGAAAGAUGUUUCGACAUGCGCAUGUAUCUUUAUCUUCCAAAGCUUUUUGCAUUCGCAUCGAACAUGUCGCCACUGAAAUGGUCACUGCUAAUUGUACUUAUUAGCCACCGAAUAUUUCAAUAUUGUUUACAAUCAUUGCUCGAUGAUUGUACGAUUAUGCUUUGUUAAUAAUGAAUCGGCAAAGACGUUUCGAUGAUCGAAAAAAACGAUGAAAAAUAUUUUCUCAUUCUUCUUCUGAAAUGCUACCGGUUACUUGUGGCGUGCAUGGUUAUCACGAUUGUUUGUUCAUUCUCAAUUCGCUUAUUGUCAAACUACGUACAAAGACUCGGAGCCAAAAUCGCUGAGUUUUUUCAGCGUUAUUAUCAAUUCCACAUAAUCCGCACACACGUCAUCUGUAUGUACAAACAUACUGUCACCUUUGUAUGUGUCUUGCUCCUCCAACCAAAUGAUUCCAGCCAAUCAAUGUUCCAGUCAACGUCACAACAAGCGCGUAUCACUCCAGCGAUGUCAUCCGCGAUCGUAGAGAGUUACGUCGCUCAUUAAUCAACACAUCAACCACCGAACUACUAUCCACACGCACAAAUAUCAUCGAAAUAUAUACUUGCCUGAUGACAUAUAUAUAUAUAUACACAUAUAUAUAUACAUAUAUAUUACGCUUAAGAGCUCUGUGUCGGGAGAACAUGUCAAUCAUUGUAAACCAUUACCGUACUACGCUAAAUAUGUCAACUGCUCACGUAAUGAUUACUGACCAUGACGAGAUGCACGCUAUAUGUAUAUAUGGCAUCCUUUCGAAACUCUUCUACUUUUCACGAUUAAAAAAAAAAAAAAAAAAAAAAAAAAAAAAA